CCCGCAUGAGGUAGUGUACAAUACUCCCUCGAGAUCGUUGACACUGUCCUUCGACACACAUAUAUACAGACUCUGCCUGUGAGAUUCCAGUGCGGUCUCGCACGCUGUUGCAUCCGGCUGUUGCUGCUUCAGACGAACCUGAAGGUCCCCGCAGGGCAAGCAAAGCAAGCGUAGGUCGACAAUCACGUUCUCUUGUGCCGUCCCACCUCAUACUCCUACCUACGCGACCAUCACCAGCAACAUACAAGCAUUCGCGAGGCUGUCUCUUCCUCGCCCACAACACGCAGAUGGGCCUUAGAAUGGACGAUCUACACGCGCCGACAGUAGCUUCGGGCCCAACAUCUCAAGGCAUAGCGGACGGUGUGCAGCCAGAGCGAUCGCUACAGGAACUUAUUGCACAGAAGGAAAGUCUGGAGGCAGAGCUCUCGGCUCUAGGCUCAGUACUCGACUCGCAUCAUGUCGAUAUGAGCACAUCCCUCACCACUCCCGAUGGCUUUCCUCGCUCCGACAUCGACGUUGCUCAAAUUCGUACCACGAGAGCGCGAAUAAUACGCUUGAAAAACGACCAUAAGGCCAUCAUGAAGAGCUUGGAGGAGGCUGUACACAAGCGCUUCGCGACUGGUAAGCCUGGGGAACAGACCCCGACGCAGAGCCUGCAAGACACAAGUUCUGCUUCCGCCGCAGCUGUGCCAGCACCUGCAGUGGAGCCGCCAUUCGCAAGAGUCAACUCAGUAGUGCCAGGAAGCCCAGCAGAACAGGCCGGCAUGCAGGCGGGCGACAAGGUCACCAAAUUCGGUUGGGUGAAUUGGAUCAACCACGAGAGGCUUGGAAAGGUUGCUCAAGUGGUGCAGCAAAAUGAAAAUCACAUCAUUUUGGUCAAGGUGCAGCGGCAGAGUGAAGGUGCAGCGUCUAGUAGCCAUGAAUUGCGACUGACGCCACGUCGAGACUGGGGAGGACGAGGACUACUCGGUUGCCAUCUCCUGCCCUUGUGAUGCUCGAGCUUCUGCAGACCUUUGUGCCGCGCAAGUCAGGCUCGCCGAAAUACGAUGCGAUGCUCUGGACUAUACCGACUGUGGUAAGCAGGGAGCUGUCUGUCUGUACUGGGUGUCGACUGCAGAGAAUGAGCGAUAGUCGAAAUGCUUGCCAGACUGCUCCACGGCCCGCUAUGAUGGCACGAAUCAACGAAAUGUUGCACUCUGCCUGCCAAACCUCUGUCUCACGCAGGCGCUUUGAAUAUAUCAGCACAUCUAAGAAGCGUU